UAUCUGUCAGAACCCUGCUACUAGAGCCUGGAUGUGGCUCUGAGUUUCAGGGUCACUGACAUUGAUAAGACACCUGCGUCCCAGGACUCGGAGGAGAAACGGCUGAUGGACUUGGCGGGGAAUUUGCGCGGGGUUUUACUGAGCGGGAAGAGACUGUUCAAAUGAGGGGGAGGGUAUAUAAAGGAGGGUUGGCCGGAGCCUCCCAUUCUUGGCUUUUCUGAUGUUCAUGUUUCCUACAGUAAAAGUUCCUGGUGAUACCACAGAGAGUCUCGUGUGUUCAUUCAGGAGCGGCUGUGGUGAGCUGACACUAAGCCAAGAAUACGGACACCAUCCCGCUGUAGCGGUGAGGUGUAACAUGCAAGUGGAGGAUGAAGAGCUCUUGGGCGCCGGAGGAGGAAGGUCGGAAAGGGCCACUCCCGAGACGGACGCUGAGUUCCACCAGCUGGCGGCCCUGGCGUCAUCCACCGCUUAUGCCCAGCCAAAUGGGGUAACCCAGAGGCGCGGAGUGGUGCGGGGAGAUAGCACCGGAGGAGAGGAAGGUUCACCUUCCCCAGGCCCGCAAAAGAUGGUGUUUCUGGAGGAGAGGAUGUCGGCGAUGGAGACCACCCUGGCAGUGAUGUCGAGGGCGAUGGAGCGCCUGGCGGUUUUGGCGGAGCCGGAGCGAGGAAGGGAACUCCGGGCUAGCUCAAUGUGGGACGUGAGCAUGGGAAGCAGCCAGGGCUUUGCAGACCUCCCAGCACCGAAGGGAAGGGAAAUGCGAAAGGAGCCCGGUGCCCGGCCCAAGAUCCAAACGAGCCUGACGCGGGUGGAGGAGAGUGACGACGAAGGGGAAAAGCCUCCGAGAAUCCCGGCUACGCUCCCAACUGAGACCCUGGUGCCCCUGGCGAAUGCCGGGCGUGGCACAGGACAAAGGGAAGCAGCAGCGGGGCCCACUGGCCCGCAAGGGGGCUUGCGACGGGCGGAGAAUUGGGGAUUGCCACCACAGGGACCCCUACCGAGACGAGAGGAACUAAGGAUCGAGUUUGGGGGAGAGUCCUCUGAACUGGAUUUUUUCCUGACCACGGUGAGGGGCUAUAUGGAGGACAAUGCCCACACUUUUAGAACGGAAUCCAGCCGGGUACGGGCCAUUGGUGCAGUGUUGAAGAGGGGAGCGGCCAGCUGGUACGUUCAACUACACGCGCGGCGCGACCCAUGUCUGGGGUCACUCCGACGCUUUAUGGGGGCCCUGGAGACCCGUUUCCGAGAUCCACUGGAGCAGAUCCGGGCGAGGGAGGAGUUGAAGACCGUCUCCCAGGGGCAGAGGUCGGUAUCGGAGUAUGCGGAGGAGUUCCAAUGCCUCGCUGAAAAGGUGCCGGAAUGGUCUGCAGUGACCAAGAUAGAACUCUUCAAAGAGGGGCUCAGGCGGGAGAUCCUCUCCUGGGCGGUGCAUCGUGAUGAGCCUGACACACUGCGCGGAUGGAUUCAGCUGGCGGGGCGCAUCGAGACAUCGCUGGCCCAGGCGAGGAGGCACCGAGGAGGGCUACAGCAGCGGCCGCAGAUGAAAGAGGGGAGCCGGAAGGAGGGAUCAACCCCAGCCGGGAGGAGAACGGAGCCGACAGGGAACGUGAGCACCAGCAGGAGGGGCUGCUUCGUGUGCGGCCGUUUGGGCCACAGGGCUGCCGAGUGCUGGCAGAGAAAAGGGGAAGGCGGAGGCCCGCCCAAACCAAGAGCCGUGGCAGGGAAACGCGCUGAGGAAGAACCACCGAUGAGGCACCACUCGGGGGGGUUGGACGAAGGGGAGGAGGACGCCAUGUCAGAACCCUGCUACUAGAGCCUGGAUGUGGCUCUGAGUUUCAGGGUCACUGACAUUGAUAAGACACCUGCGUCCCAGGACUCGGAGGAGAAACGGCUGAUGGACUUGGCGGGGAAUUUGCGCGGGGUUUUACUGAGCGGGAAGAGACUGUUCAAAUGAGGGGGAGGGUAUAUAAAGGAGGGUUGGCCGGAGCCUCCCAUUCUUGGCUUUUCUGAUGUUCAUGUUUCCUACAGUAAAAGUUCCUGGUGAUACCACA